UGUCACUGAAGACUGGUCACUCACGGACUCACCAAUCGGCAAUCAGCUGAUAUAACCACAACAAAGAAAGUAGUAAACAACUUAUCAUAGCAGAAAGGAUUCUGGUGUUGCAUGGAGAGUGACGCAAGGUUUUGAAGAAAAAGAUAUUGUUUUAGAAAAUGAAUCCUGCUAACCACGGGCAAUGUCACAUUCGCCGAAAUUCUCGAGAUGGGAGAAGUGAAGGUGUAAAUCGGGAGGAGCUUGAGCACACUGAUAUAAGCCAGAACGGGAUAGAGAGUUUAGAAGAGACUCCAUCACACAAAGAGUUGGAGGAUAUUGCUCAGUCCCUGCAAAAUCAUCCCCCACCAGAAGUGAAAGUGGUGGGUCCUCAGGGAAACUGUCAAAGAUCCUGCUAUGGUUCUGUUUCAUCCAUCCUUAAUACUGAUUGUGGACACCUAGAUGAUACCUCCACCACCAACACCACUGGUGUCCACUGCCCAAAUAUGACUCCUAGCAAAAUGCAGCGGCGACUCAAGUUUUUCUUCAUGAACCCCAUAGAAAAAUGGCAUGCCCGACGCCGCUUUCCUUGGAAGUUACUACUUCAGAUAUUUAAGAUUGUGGUUGUGACAGCACAGUUGUGCCUCUUUGCUCAGCAGCGAUACAGCCAUGUGAACUACCUUUGGGACACUAAGAUAUCCUUCUCACACAUGUUCCUCAAGGGUUGGGAUGCUACCAGAGAAGUUCAAGUAUAUCCUCCUGGAUCAGGUCCUCUGGCUGUAUAUGAAAAACAAGAUUUUUUCCAGUAUCUAGAUUAUGCCAUCACAACGUAUUCAACUAUCAAUGAGAAGGCCAUUGGAACAUACUCCUACAAAUACCAAGAUGGAGAAUUGUUAUAUCCCACUCUUUGUAUGGCACAGUAUGCUGGUGGAUAUGUUUCUCCUAACAAUAACACAUUUAUGUUGAAUGACACCAUUACUAAAUCAUGUAUAGAAAUCCCGGUGGAAGUGAAUGUGACAAGUUGGUCAAGUGAGGCUUUCUUGAAGAACAAAAGCUACAUAAUCAAUUUUGAUCUACUUAUGAAUAUUGAGUUCACCUUCCAUUUGCAUACAAUAAAGCUGAGAGUCAAUUUGCCAUUUGACACACCAGAAUGCUAUGGCCUCACUGGAAAGGUAAUAUUCAACAACCAUGACCAUGAUGGACAAAUGUUAGUGAAUCUGGAUGUAGCAGCACAAGUACUGGAAUGCCAAGGAUCAGUAAAAUUGGCUUCUGAGGCAUACACACUCAAGGUGUGGAGGACAUUUAUCAAUGUUACUAGCAUUAUGAUCAGCAUAAUAUCCCUCAUCAUGUGUGUACGUGCCUUGUACCGUGCACAGCUACUCAGAAAGACCACUGAAUUGUUCUUCAGACAGCAGUAUGGCAAGGAGCUAAGCCUAGAAGAACGCAUGGAAUUUGUCAACUUGUGGUAUCUACUUAUAUGUAUAAAUGAUAUUUUCAUCAUACUUGGCUCCUGUCUCAAGAUUGGCCUGGAGAGUAAGAAUUAUGAAGGAUACUUGGACACCUGGAAUGUAUGCUCUCUCUUCCUUGGAUUGGGCAACUUACUGGUGUGGUUUGGAUGUCUUCGCUAUCUUGGAUUCUUUACUACGUACAAUGUGCUGAUCUUAACCUUGAAGAAGUGCAUUCCCAAUGUGCUACGUUAUUCCAUUUGCCUUCUGAUGGUGUUUGCUGGAUACUGCUUAUGUGGAUGGCUGGUUCUGGGACCAUAUCACUUCAAGUUCCGUUCAUUCUCGUCCACAAUGGAGUGCCUCUACUCUCUCAUAAAUGGAGAUGACAUGUUUGCAACAUUUUCCUCUACCUCGGGCAAGGAUCCUGUGGUUUGGUGGUUCUCCCGCAUCUACCUCUACUCCUUCAUAUCUCUAUUCAUCUAUGUGAUACUCAGCCUCUUCAUUGCCAUCAUAAUGGAUGCCUAUGAGACAAUCAAGAACUAUUAUGAAAAUGGCUUCCCUUUAAAUGAAUUAAUGAAGUUUGUUGAAGAAUGUACUGAGGAGCCUUCCAGUGGAGUUUUUCAAGAUGAGGACGAUCAUACUAUUCAUGAUGUAAUAAAUUCCAUCUGUUGCUGUGGUUAUGAGUGGAAUAGUCUCUAUGAGAUGUCCAUGCAGUAGAUGGUUGGGAGUGAGUGCCUCUGAUUCAUCUAUGCCUUCGUUAACAUACAUGAGAGGACGAUUAUUAAUUCGAGCCUCAAUCUCCACUAGUAGGAGCGAAUCAACAGUCUACAGAAUAUGAGCCUCUCCUCACAUAGCAUAUCAGUAUAUUUUCUCUAUAAGUGAAUAUUAUUUGAAUCCUUGUAUUGUUUUAUCAGUAUGUUAUCUGUAUAUCUGAAUUAAAAAUAAAUAUCACAUGCAUGUGAAUAACCAAGUGUCACUACUUCAGAUUGUUGUGUGUUAUACUAUAUAGUAGUAUUACUUAUAGUAUUUAAGCUUUACUUCAAAGCAAGUGUGAUAAAUAAUUAUAUUACUAAUUUUGAGAAGGCACUGAUUUAUUGAAAGCAUUAUAGUUGUCUUGCAAGACUUGGAAAACUAAUUAAGCAGUAAUAUGGAUUUUACUUAAAUCGGAGAUGCACAUCCAUAUUACAUUUAUUUUAAAAUUAAAAUAUCACUAUAACUGGUCUCAUUUUUAUGUCUUCCCAUGCAUUCCACUUCCUACCAGAUCCUAGCAGACCAUGUUGUGAUUACAUGAUGAGUGCUCGUGAUUUUGUGGUGUUUAAAGUAAAUUAUAAAUGUUACAUUGGAGCACCAUAACUUAUAUCAAUCGAUCAAUCAAUGUUGUUUUUUAUGUGAAUGCUGUUGUCAAGCAGACCAAUGUUUGAUAGACAAAACCCUAAAAAAAAAUAGUAUAUAAAGGAA